AUGUUUAAAAGAACAAUUACUGUACGAAAGUUUAUUUCUUCGUCCAGGUUGUUUAACAACUCGUUUCCUAAAACCCAAUCCACAAAUUACUCAACCACACAGAGUAAUGCAGAUCAAGAAGGCAACACUCAAUCAAAUAUUCAUACUGCUGCUGCUGCUUUGGAUUAUGAUGUUAAAGCAGAGAGGAAGCAAUUGAAGAAAGAUAUGAGAGGCUUGAGUGACAAAUAUUUUGUUCCUCCACAGGUUGGGGUGGAUGAUGAGCAAUAUAUCAGGUCCAUGGAGACUCUAGAGCAACAGAGACAAGAUGGCUCUACAUCUGUAGAAGAAUUUGUUUCGCUCACAACAACUACUUUGGAAGUAAAAGAAGUGGAACAAGACCACUCCAAACCACACCACAAAAAACGUGGUUUACAACCACAACUUGCCAAAGGGAGCCUUAUUAACAACACUAACCAAGAUCCAUCAAAAGACACUACCAUCGAUGAAGAAUAG